AUGAAUGAGACGAAUCAUUUUCGAAUUCAAACAUCGUCCGAAAAUGGUGAAACAAAUCAAAUCGAAUUAAACUUUCGAAAUAUCCCAGAAGCUGAUGCUGUUCAAUUACUUCAUGGACCAAUAUGGGACGCUAUAAAAGGAACAAUGUAUGCACAUAAAAUCAAUCAAGUUCAAGUUUAUCGAAAAGCGUGUACGGCUGAAAUAGAAGAAGUUCUUCGAAAUAUUGGAUUUUCUAAAACACAAUCUCAAAAAUGGAUAAGUGAAAAUUUACCUAAAGUAUUAAAAUUUCAAAACAACGGUGUACCUGAAGCUGUUCGCACUGGACAAAAAAUAUUAGAAAUCAAUUUAGAUAAAAGUGGAUAUACAAAUUUUCGGAAUGAGUCUGUUAUUCCGCAAUUUGAAUCAAAAGGCUCGGGGAAAAGUGUUUAUAAUUUUGAAGGCAUUCCAGAUGGUGCGUGCCAAUCUCAAGCUGCAUCAGUCCCUUCAAUCGUUGAUAGAAACAUUGGUAUAAAUAAAGCACAUAUUGAUCAAUUUAAUGAAAAUAUCACAUCAAUUAAUGUUCUUGAUCCAGAAGAUCCGCUUGUUAAAAAUAGAUACUUACGUUAUCUAUCAGAAAAUAAAGUUAAAUUAGGAAUGUUAGCUUUAUCCGUUAUUGUGGAAGCAAAAGACCUCAUCUUGACAUUAAUGGACAAAAGUGGACAAGCAUUAGAGAAAUUGACUCUUCAAAUCACCAAAAUCACAAUCGACAAUGUUGGUUCAUAUAUUGGUACGGCUAUAGGAAGUCUUAUGCCUGGUAUUGGUAAUUUUGUAGUUGGUUUUAUAAGUGGUCUUGUUUUUGGAUAUAUUGGAAGAAAACUUGGAGAAAUAAUUAUUACUUUAUUUCCAAGGGUAGCGAGAGGAGAAGGAGAACCAAUAUUACAAUGCUUCUCAUUUAAUUAUGGUUGUAAUAAGUAUUUUGGCGAACCAAUAAGUCAAUAUAACUUUGUAAAAAUAUUAGCUAUUCCACAAAUAUGUGAUAGUGAAGCUAUUCAGCGAGCAGCGCAUCAACAACCGACAGCUAAAGAUGAAUGGGGUUAUAUUCAAGCUGCAUUUGGACGACCGAAAUAA